UAGAAGGAUUCACAUUUCCAAAGUGCCAUGGAGAAAAACGAUAUUUCCUAUGUGUUGUUUGACAUAAAGAUUACAAAGAUUCGCCGAUUAGUAAGAAGGUUGGCAUACGUGUUCAACACAACAAACCGAUGUUGGUAUUGUCGGUGGUAUAGCGCUAGUCAGGUUAAAAUGUCUGAAAUGUGUUGUUGUAUCUAAUUUUGCAUAUGUUUUAGUGCCACUUCAUUGAAGCGUGAAUAUGAGCAACAUUGUGUUAGAUGAUAAUACCAAUCAUGAUUCCAGUUCUGUGAGUGCAAGUACAUCAAACAACGAAGAAAGCCUUGAUUCGUGUAGCAAUGACAGGUUUGUAAUCGGGAGUGCAACUAAGAAGACUUCACUUCCGCCGUCAUUUUUAAUUGGGAGCGACGAAGAUUCUGAUCACAGAUCUUUGCAAGUAAAUAGCCCAUUUUCAGUUGGGAAGGUCGAUAUUAAAUACGACCAGCAGACAAAAUUACGAUCAUCCACAAAUGAAAAUAGACCAAUUUUUAGCGUCUCUUUCAGAAAUCAAGACGUAGCAAGAAAAUAUAAAGCUUCUAUAAAGACAUUUUUAAAGGACCUCAUUGCAAAAAAUGACCCAGACAAUGAAGAAGACACAUCAGACUUGGAACUUGAUGUGUGGGAGGCAGAGGAAGAUGGAGAGGAUUCCCAAGACCAUGAUAGUGUUGACAGUUCAAGUCUGUUUAAGGUUGAUACACAUCCUACUCUAAAAGACAAUUUAGAUGUACCAGCAUACAAUCAUAAGUUCAAUGAAAUUCUUCAACAAACCAAAGAUGACAUUGGUAAGACUAGCAAAAAUGAAGGAUCGAGUCGUUCAUCUUGUUUCAAUUGUCUAGGGAAUCACAGCCUUCGUGACUGUCCACUGCCUCAUGACCCUUCAGCCAUAACCAAGAACAGGCGACAGUUUUCUGCUAGGUUCACCCGUACACAGAGUAAGACAAGUCGUUAUCACUUGGAUGACGAGCAGAAGUUUGCUUCUUUUGUUCCUGGUCAAAUCAGUAACAAAUUGAGGAAGGCACUGGGGCUGGCCAAGCAUCAGCUUCCAAAUCAUAUAUACAAGAUGAGAACUCUGGGCUAUCCACCUGGUUGGAUGGAGGAUGCCAAGAUAUCACACUCUGGGCUCACACUGUAUGACUGUAAGGGAAAGGAAGUGCCUGAUCUAGAAACAGAGGAAGGAGAAAUAAUUCCUGAAGGCUCAAGAGAUAAAUAUGACAUCAAGAAAAUUAUUAGCUAUCCUGGUUUUAAUGUUCCUUGCAGUCCAAGCACAAAAGAUGAUUUUGAAUUCCAUGAGUGUCCACCAAUGACAUAUGAGCAAAGUAAAGAACGAAUGCUAUCACAGCUGAGCCAAAAUUCUGUACGUGCAUAUAAAAGACCACGUAUUAUUUCAAAUACUGCGUGUGCGCCUACUAAAUUGGAAGACCAAGAUAUCACGCGUGCAGACAUGGAGGUUGAUGAAACUCCAGAGAGUGCUGUUAAUUUACUGCCUGUAGAUGAUAACUGCAGAUUUAUUCCACCAUUACCCAAAGAUACGCCUCCAAGACCACCUCCACCACCACCACCACCCUCUACAGAGAGUGAUUCUGAGGGAGGGGAGAGCCGCAGCCAAGGAAUUGGCUCGCCUGUGUCCACAGUGAGUGCAGUAUUAUAUGGACAAAGUGGUAUGUCGUCUCCACGAGCACAAUCUCCAUCACUGUCAGAUCUGGAGACAAGAAAGCAGCUUCUGCUAGCAGAACUAGAGGAUGGUGGAAGUUCCAGUGAUACAACACCAAGGGUGGCUCCUCAGAGUACUCCAGGACCUAGCACUUCCACUCUGGGCAAAGUGAAAUCUGUGGAUCUAGGAACCCCCAUCCUACAGAGUGCUUCUCCAUAUUCUCACUUACCAAGUUCUGAAAAGUUUUCACAUCAUAUUUGCAGUGUUAUAAAUUUUGAGAAUUUGCCGGAUUCUACAGGUAAUUAUGAACGAAUGAGCGACCUUAUUCGCAAAGUUCGCUCAGCAGUGACAAGAAUACAGCAAGAGGGUGAUGAUUGUAAUGAUGGAGGGAAAUGACCCCAACCUGAAACACUGUUAGUAAGUGGUCAGGUAAUGACAGAGACGUAUGUACAAUCUUGGCUGAGUGAAAUCCUCCAUGGUGAUAAAGGCAAGAAGGACAGUAAAUAAAUAUUUUUCAUGAAUAAGAGUGCAAUGUGUGUGAAUCUGUAUUUUGACAGAUCUGGGUUUUUUGUCUUUUGGCAAAACUUUAGUUUUGUGUUUAUAUGCAGCAGACAUGGUUUAUUAAUUCUAGAUUUUCUUUCAUUGAUGUAAAACAGUAAAUGAUCUUUUACUUGGGACAGAAAAUUGUAGUGACAAAUUUUAUGCAAGCAUGUCAUAAAUUAGAAUUUACUACUCUUGGGAUACUUGUGCAUAAGUGUGCAUUUAUUGAACAUUUAUUUUAGAAGAAAAGUUGCAUAUUUUACAUAUAAGAAUACAAUAAAAUUAUUUUAUGUUUCUCUAA